UGCCUAGAUUGGUUCUCAAUUAAAGACAGCUGUCUAUCGUUGUCUCUGAUUGGGAGCCAUAUUUAGGCAACCAUAGUCAUUAGGUAGGUUGUGGGUGAUUGUCUAUGUCUUUACAUUAGUUGCUUGUGUCUGCACUUUCGUUUUAUAGCUUCACGGUCGUUUGUUGUUUUUGUAUAGUUUGUCAGUCUUCGUGUCGUGUUCGUCUUCGUUAAUAAAAGAUGAUGUAUUGUUAUCACGCUGCGCCUUGGUCCUCCUCUCUUCCACAAUAUGACGAUCGUGACACAUGCAGACUGUAACAUUGACCUGGACUCUAUUUCAGGACCAUGGACAAGGACUUCCAACCAAUAAAAGUUCAGGCAGCUGUACAGACUACAAAACAUUAGGAACACCUUCCUACUAUUGAGUUGCACCCCCUUUUGCCUUUAGAACAGCCUCAAUUUGGUCGGGGUAUGGACUCUACAAGGUGUGGAAAGCAUUCUACAGGGAUGCUGGCCCAUGUUGACUCCAUACUUCCCACAGGUGUGUUAAGUUGGCUGGAUGUCCUUCUGGGAGUGGACCAUUCUUGAUACAGAUGGUAAACUGUUGAGCGUGAAAAACCCAGCAGCGUUGUAAUUCUUGACACAAACCGGUGUGCCUGGCACCUACUACCAUCUCCCGUUCAAAGGCACUUAAAUAUUUUGUCUUGCCCAUUCCGCCUCUGAAUGGCACACAUGCACAAUCCAUGUCUCAAUUAUCUCCAGGCUGAAAACCCUUUCUUUAACUUGUCUCCUCCCCUUCAUCUACACUGAUUGAAGUAGAUUUAACAGAUGACAUCAAUAAAAGAACAUAGCUUUCACCUGGAUUCACUUGAUCAUUUUAUGUAAUGUUUUGUACACUCAGUGUGUAUUUUAUCCACAGGAGAUUGGUGGCACCUUAAUUGGGGAGGACAGGCUUGUGGUAAUUGCUGGAGCGGAAUAGGCAGAAUGGUAUCAAAUAUAUCAAACGUGUGGUUUCCAUGUGUUUGAUGUCAUUCCAUUCACUCCGUUCCAGACAUUAUUAUGAGCCGUCCUCCCCUCAGCAGCCUCCACUGAUUUGAUCAACUACCAAGAGAAAGAAUACACAUUGAGAAAAAUAAAAUAGUUGGAAGAAUUGAAGACAGGAUUCAUGAAAAAAGAAGAUGGGACUGGAUGCCAUGCAAUGUCUAAUUCUCACCAUAUGGUGGCAGAAUAAUUCCAUUGUGUGUGUGUGUGUGUGUGUGUGUGUGUGUGUGUGUGUGUGUGUGUGUGUGUGUGUGUGUGUGUGUGUGUGUGUGUGUGUGUGUGUGUGUGUGUGUGUGUGAGAGAGAGAGAGAGGAGUCAGGGGUUCUGUACAUAGAGAGUACAAACCAGGAGGACGAGGACAGAGAGAUACCAGAGAGAUGUACGGAUUCAUAAACACCUGUCUGAAAUCUCUGGUCAUUGAGAAAUUUGGUGAAGAAACAUGGGAGAAACUGAGGACCCUGGCAGAGGUCCAGGACACGUUCAUGACUUAUGAGAUAUACGAUGAUGUCAUAACUCUGCGUCUGGUGCAGGAGGCAUGUACAAUGCUGGACAUGCCUUCUGAGGUGGUGCUGAAGCUUUUCGGGGAGUACUUCUUCAGCUUCUGUAAGAUGGCGGGGUACGACACCAUGCUGCGUACGCUAGGGGGGAACCUGGUGGAAUUCAUUGAGAACCUGGAUGCCCUUCACAGUUACCUGGCUCUCUCCUACCAGGAGAUGAACGCUCCCUCGUUCCGUGUGGAGAAGAACGACGAUGGGAGGAUGUUGCUUCAUUACUACUCGGACAGGAAAGGCCUAUAUCACAUUGUGCCAGGCAUCAUUGAGGCGGUGGCCAAAGACUUCUUUGACAGCGAAGUGUGCAUGACCAUCCUUAACCAAUCAGAGGAGGAUGAGCGCACAGGGAAGAAAGAGCAUGUGGUCUUCCUGGUCUCUCAGAGGAGCAGAGGGUCAAAGAGGGAUUUCUGUCCCCAAAGAGAGAAGGAGCAUCAGGCAGAGGCAUUGGAGAGGAAGAGAGCCAGGUGUGCCAGUCUGCCCCACUGCCCUGCUGGGAAAAGAUCACGCUGGGACAUGGUUAGGAGCGUUGUCAUGUUUGGAAAAGACAACCUUCUGAAGUCGUUCACACCCUGCUACCCAGAUAAGCUGUGGAUGGAGGAACAAGCAUUCUGCAAUGCCUUCCCUUUCCACAUUGUCUUUGAUAAACAGGUAAGGGUGAAGCAGACUGGGAUUAACAUCCAGAAGUUUGUCCCUGGGCUGCAGACGAUGGACAUACGUCUGGAUGAGUACUUCAGCAUUGUCCAUCCGCAGGUGACCUUCAACAUCGAGAGCAUCAGGAAGUUCAUCAACAGCCAGUUUGUCCUGAAGACCAGAUGGGAGAUGGUGCCACUGGCCUCUCAGCAUCAGUCCAUGCUCAAACUCAGAGGUCAGAUGGUGUGGAUGGAGUCUCUGGGCUGUAUGGUGUACCUGUGCUCUCCGAAGCUGCGCAGCCUGCAGGAGUUGGAGGAGAGGGGUCUGCACAUCUCCGACAUCGCCCAGCACGACACCACCCGGGACCUCAUCCUGCUUAACCAACAGCGUCUGGCCGAGAUGGAGCUGUCCAAUCAGCUGGAGCGCAAAAAGGAGGAGCUGAGGAUCCUCUCACGCCACCUCGAGGCGGAGAAGAAGAAGACGGAGACUCUGCUCUACGCCAUGUUGCCUCGCCACGUAGCCAACCAGCUGAAGGAGGGCAAGAGGGUGGAAGCAGGUGAGUUCCAGGUGUGCACCAUCCUGUUCAGUGAUGUGGUCACCUUCACCAAUAUCUGUGCUGCCUGCGAGCCCAUCCAGAUCGUCAACAUGCUCAACUCCAUGUACUCCAAGUUCGACCGCCUUACCAGCGUCCAAGACGUGUACAAGGUGGAGACUAUUGGAGACGCCUACAUGGUGGUGGGUGGGGUUCCCAUUCCAGCUGACAGCCAUGCAGAGCGGGUGGCCAACUUUGCCCUGGGUAUGCGUAUCGCUGCCCGGGAGGUGACCAACCCUAUCACUGGGCAACCCAUCCAGAUUCGGGUGGGUCUGCACACAGGUCCAGUGCUGGCUGGUGUGGUAGGGGACAAGAUGCCUCGAUACUGCCUGUUUGGAGAUACGGUCAACACUGCCUCCCGCAUGGAGAGUCACGGACUGCCUGACCACAUACACCUCAGCCCCUUCACAUACAGUGCGCUGGAAGAUAAGGGCUUUGACAUCCUGGAAAGAGGAGAGAUCCAGGUGAAGGGAAAAGGCCUGAUGACCACCUACUUCCUGCUGCAGAACCUGUGUGUGUCUGAGGACACCAUCAUGGCCAGAGGGACAGGAGAGCCCUGCGUGUACAGAGACAACCAGCAGGGGGCGGGAGAGAGCGAGAGAGACACAGAAGAACCAGACAGUGUGAGAAAGGAGGAAACGACUGGCCAAACCACGGCAUCUGCUUCUUCUUGCAGUGACCUCACCAACGAAGACACACCUUUUCUGGGAGACACUACACCUUUUCAAAAGGGCUACCUCAACGACGUGAACUCACGAUUCUGCCGACUGCUCUAAGUAUGUGGAGUUGGACUCCAUUUGGAAGCACAUCAUUUGAAAAUCUGAGACCAUUUAGAAAAUGAAAUGUUGAACUCCACAAAGGCAUGCUAGUUCUGACAGUUUUCAAAGAAUCAACAAUGUUUCUACACAUGCUUACUAACCCACUGGGCACAGAUGUCAAUUCAAUGUCUAUUCAAUGCUGGUUCAAUGUAAUUUCAUUGAAAUUACGUGGAAACAACAUUGAUUAAACCACUGUGUGCCCAGUGGGAAGUUUUAUAAAUACUGUAGACAAAAAGUGAUAAAUCGGUAUCUCAAAUUUUUGUUGAUGAUCCAAUGGUCUCCACGUUGAUUCAACAUUGUAACCACAUUGACAAAAUUAUGUUUAGACAUUAUAAACAGGUUGAUUCAAUCUGUGGGAGACUCCUGGGUGAGCUCUGUGUUGUUGUCGUGACUGCCGCCUGCUGGGGGACACCUGGGGUUGCCAUGGGGUGGGGACACCCUGUCGGUGCAUCAUUGAUUUUCCGUCAUUAGCACUUUCCUGGGCCUUCAAAUGAGUGUAAAUGAAAUAAGAGACGAGGAAAGGUAGCAGCCAUUAUAGAAACGACAAGCUCCAUGUGCAGCUGCUGUCAACACCAGAACUCUGCCAUAGCUAAUACAAGCCCCCCAGGCUUGUAUUCGAUAGCAGAAAGAUAGCAGAGAGACGGAUCUAUUGAAUAGAGAUGCUGUAGUUUUGGGCUCCCGAGUGGCGCAGCGGUCUAAGGCACUGCAUCUCAGUGUAAAAGGUGUCACUACAGUCCCUGGUUCAAUUCCAAGCUGUAUCACAUCCGGCCGUGAUUGUGAGUCCCAUAGGGCGGCGCACAUUUGGCCCAGCGUCGUCCGGGUUUGGCCGGGGUGGGCCGUCAUUGUAAAUAAGAAUUUGUUCUUAACUGGCUUGCCUAGUUACAUAAAGUUUACAUUU